AUGCACGAGCUACUGCUUUUCGCCUCGGUUCCCGCCCACCAACACCAUGAGCUGUUACAACAGCUGACCGGCCUGACGGCCAUGCAACCCCGUCACCGUCUCGAAAGGCGUUUGAUCUUCAAGGCAACUCGGAAGCCUGGCUUGGUCAAUGCGCGCGGCGGCAGUAGUCGGGAAGUGCAGGGCGCUGAUCUCGUACGGCUCAAUAAGAUGCUCAAUGGGCAGAUGUUCUAUACACAAGUCGUCGGCCCAGUCUCCGAUGCUGAUUUUAAUGUAAAGCCCACAUCUUCCGAGAGCUCGGAUGCGAGUAUGGCUGGGACGGAUGAGGCUCCAGGUAGUUCCUAUGAUUAUGACAGCCAACCAUGGAAACUCGAAUUUAGGGACAUCCCGGAGGCGGGAACUAGAUCGACCAUCACAGCUCGGCUGGCGGCCAGCGCUGCUCUCCCCAAAGGCGAUAUUGUGACGCCGAUGAAUGCCUGGGGGUAUAGUUUCGUCACCGAGUACGUGGUGGAAGGAGAUACCUUCAUUCAUAACGACAUCGUAAUCUUUCUGCACCGUGUGCUACACUAUCCUAUUCAAGGCCAGGAACCACAUGAACCGCGGCGACAGCUGCCUUCGUUCAAAGAAUUGUUGCCCUUGGAAAGGACCGGAAGCUAUGUCCUUCAGGCUGCCAUUGCAGUCCAGGAUGGCAGUAAUCAAGAGCUUAUGAGAACUGCCUCUCAGCAUCUAUUUGGUCUUCGGGAGCAGCUUAAAUCAGCUGUUCGCCUCGAGCAGGCUGAUCGACUGUCUCUGGACACCCGCGCCAAGUAA